CAUGGAUUAGUCUCGUUUUGUGUUUCUGCGAUGAAAUGUGCAUGCUGUAAAGAAAAUUUCGAGCACAAAAGUGGUCGGUUUCGAAGAACAGGAAUUUAUACACAAUUCAAAGAAAAAGAUACCCUGAUUGAGGAAAAGUCAACGCUAUAAUGGACACGGGCAACCCCUAGCCCAUAUCAGGCUAUAGCACUGAGUUCACAACCCAUGUUGUGACUGGUUUAUUGCAAUUUUUAUGGAGUGACAAUUCAUAUAUAGACUGAAGCAGACGACAGUGCUUCAUGGUUACAGUCACUACCUUGUCAAAACAUCCUUCUCACACAGCUUUUUGCGGAUUUUCAUUAUGGUAAAUUAUUAAUCGUUAAGAUUUUCAGAAAUGGAACCUUGACUGAAAAAAAAAUUAAAGGCGCCAAAAUGUCAGAUUAUAUAAGAAGAUCAGAGCAAGAGGAGAUAUUUGUUUCAAAAGUUCUGGACCCACGAUGCAAAAUAAUCGGCGUCACUGGGGGUCCAAGCACCGGGAAGUCCACCUUGAUGGAGAAUGUUAUAAUCAAGGUACAACAUGACCAUCGACACAUACACUUUGUAACGGUAGAUCUGUCCGACGUGACGUCACAGGAGGAAUUCCGGAUGAGAGUCCUUGGAGAACUAGGUAAAGUCGAUGGCAAGAAGGUCGACUUCGGUCAAAGCAAUGUUUUUAUGGAGCAGGUGGUGUUAGUUGUGACGACGAGAAACUGCAAAAACAUUUGCAUGUGUUUCGAUAACAUACCAAGACCUAGCAAGGACGAUAAACAAUAUUCUGUAAAGAACGACGCGCAAAUGUUUAUGAAAGAAAUCGUGCAAAACAAAGAGCUGUGUUCACUGAUGAAAGUUUUAUACACGUCUGCACUUCAGCUACGAUUUUGUAAAUUUCCUCGAGGAGUGACCUUCGAAGCCACUCUCAGGCCGCUGAGCAAUGAAGAAUCUCGCGAGGUGUUUGCCACAUUCGGACCCGAAAACGCUCAGAUAGAUGACGCGAUAGUCCAAUGUCUCAGAGACGUGGCCAACGGCAACCCACUAGUUCUUCAACUGCUUGCAUUAGAGCUUGGCUCAGAUGAAGAUCUUUUUACGGAUAUGGAUUUGAAGGAACUCAUGUCGGACGACCAAAAACGACUUCAGUUCGUCAGCAGGGAAAAUUACACGGACGAUGAAAAUAUAGGAAAGCAACUCGGUCAGUUUGUAAAAUCUCUGUCCGGGUGUUUACAGCAACACGGACAAUGUGUCGUCAAACAUGGCGGUGUCAUCGACGUGGAUAUGCUGGCAAGAGCAGAAAAUAAACCAGCUGCCGUUAUCAAGUUCCUGAUCUCUCAACUGUUACGAGCAAAUGUGAUCCAUAGAGUAGGAGAAAACAGAUACGCCAUGUCAACACUGUUGAUGGACAUCUUUAAACUAGCAUUCACAAGAAAGCCAAAUACACGUACGCCUGGGGAGACAUCAACCAACAAAGGUAACAGCGACCGCGAGACUCCAGUGUGUGACGAUGAGGACCUCGCAAACCGAAUGAGCAGUGUGAGCUUCAAUUCUGCAGAAAAGAAAAACACGAAGAAAGCUGAAGAAAAUCAAGACAUUUCGAUUAACGAUUUGGUCAACAGCCCUCGGCCAUCUUACUACCGUACACAGAUAUCUUUGUCGGCAGAUGGUGGGGGUGACCAUUCAACACAGCUCCACAUGGAACCAGAAGCUACAACGGAAAAGAGUGACACUAAACAUCCACAAAUCAACGGAUUACAACGCAGCGGUUUAUCGUAUCCAGAUAUGUCUUCUGAUGUGAGAACUGGCAUUGGUGAUGUUAGUGACACUGGAAACAAUAACUCUAAUGACUUGUCAAAGAAUGACGCCGACGAAUCUAUUGUCAAUAACCUCGAUUAUACGAUUGGAACUCGAACACAUAACAAACCUCUUCUGCGAAACAACAGUAUUCCCGAUGAUUCGCUUUCUCAGAGACGGUUAAAUGUGAGAAAAUCUAACAGUGAUACAGACCUAUCAUCGUCAACAGCUAGUGAUGCACAGAAUACAGCAUCUUAUGUGCCCAGAUCGCGUGAAUUGAAUGCAGAAAUACCAAACCACAACAAUGUGGAUAGCAUGCAGUGCAAUCUCAAGUCCUCAUCAAAAGAGAUCCCCAGACCGUGUGUUGUAAAUACCGUCAGCGAUUCCCGUGGCAAUGUCUAUUAUGUGGUACCAGUGGAGCCGUUUGAUGUACCAGAGUCUCCCAUCAGCGUACCGCAACUGAGGAAUUUAAACCGAGCACCAUUAGGUUCCUGUUCAGAAUUUGUUGUCAACAGCUUGGACUCUAGCUCAGAUGACACUUCCAGAAAAACAGUCUGGUGAAUGCGCAAAAAUUCCGUUCUCCGUUCGCCCAUUAAAUCAGGACAGCAUUUACAUGGUCAUAACGAGUUAUGCAAAGUGAAAUGAGUUACCUGGAAAUUUGUUUUGGAGGAUGAUUAACACAUGAAAAUGGUAUACGCGAAUUUGACAAAUCCCAGAGGCUUGCAUGUGCCCGGCAUUAACACGGUGACAGAAACGAAUGCAAACCUUAGAACAUUGAAAACUCGCAUUCCAUAAUUGUUAUUUAAACAUCUGAAACUUUAA